AUGUCUUUAAUAUUCGGCCAAUUGGUCAUUGGACCGCCGGGUAGUGGAAAAACUACUUACUGCAAUGCAAUGUGUAACUUUUUGGAAAAAAUCGGGAGAAAAGUUGCUGUUAUAAAUAUUGAUCCAGCGAAUGAUAAUAUGGAGUACAAAACAACGAUAGAUAUUUCUGAUUUGAUAAAGCUAGAUGAUGUUAUGACUAAAUUUGAACUUGGACCAAAUGGAGGGUUGAUGUAUUGUAUGGAAUUCUUGGAAGCUAAUGUUGAUUGGCUGAUUAAAAGAAUUCUAAAUUUGAAGGACCAUUAUCUUAUUUUUGAUUGUCCUGGUCAAAUUGAACUAUACACCCACCAUAAAUCCGUAGCAGCAAUAGCAGAAAAAUUAAAUGAAAAUUUAGUCCGUCUGUGUAGUGUUUAUUUAAUAGAUUCUCAUCAUUGCACCGAUCCUGGUAAAUAUUUAUCUUCAUUAGUUGUCUGUACAAGUACAAUGUUACAACUAGCAUUACCACACGUCAAUAUAAUGACUAAAUUGGACCAAUUGAAAAAAUACGAAGACCGAUUAGCAUUUAACAUUGAUUUUUAUACCGAAGUAUUGGACUUGAAAUAUUUACUGGAAAAACUUGAUGACGAUCCAUCAACAGCUAGAUAUAAAAAAUUAAAUGCAGCGUUGAUAUCACUAGUUGAAGACUACAGUCUUGUGAGUUUUCUACCAUUGGAUGUAUCAAAUCAAGCUCUUCUUUUGCAAGUUAAAAAUGCAAUUGACAAGGCUAAUGGUUACAUUUUUGGUGGUAAUGAACCUCAGGAUGUACAGACUUUACUUGCUUGCGCUGUCGGUGCAGUUGAUGAUAAUGAAAGAAUGUCAACAAUUGAAGCUUAUUUUUCAUAA